AUGACCGAGCAGUUACCUCUAGAUCAAUUUCACAAGCUUGACUAUGUCAUGAUUCAAGAGCACUACGACUGGUCACUGUUGAUGUUGCGCCGGCGCUUGGGUUGGAGCCUUGCUGAUGUCCUCUACCUGAGUACUCACGUGAACAAACUGCACAAUCGAGGCCCGGAGGAGAAGCAGCUGCUUGACGAGAUUGCGGCAUACUUGAACGCGGGCAACCGCGGCAACCGCACGCCGUGGGGAGAGCGAUUUGUCAGCAACUGCAUCAAGGGGCAGGAGGAGGAGAUCUAUACUGCAGCCACGAAAAGAUUCCAAAAUCAGUGGGAGGCAUUCUCGCUUGCAGAGCAGCAGGAGAUGCAUGAAGAACUCUUGUGCUUUCAAAGCACCUUGAGCACUCUGUCCAGCUGCUGCUCGCGACAUGCGCGGGAUGUUUUCUGCGAGAUGAUGGACGAAACGUCAGUUCAGUGGUUUGAACGGCACAAGGAUGUGUUCGUCCAGCCACCUAUGCCCUACCCCGGAUUGCAGGACAGCAGUGCGUGUCGAGAUGAGGUAAUGUCCCGGCUUGCUUUGUGCAGGCUUGAUUUGUACAGUGGAAAGUAG